UGCCCACUAUGUCAAAAAACAGAACUUUCUCAGGGAAAGUCACGCUCUUAAGAGGAACGAGUCUGGGAAUCGAUAAAAAGGCAGUCUUCAACUGUCACUAAGACAUUAAACCAGAGACUCUCGGAAGAGAAACAACCACUAAUUCCAGAGAGGAACUCAACUGAACGACUGAACAAUGGCAUGCGAACGAUAUGAAAAAACCUUGGCUUCUGAUGAUGCAUGUGAGACAGACAGUGCAAUUUACUCUGACAGUGCUGAUUCUGAUGAGAUGGACUGCUCGGAUCUACCAGCCAUGAGCUGCCGAUGCAACAUGCAUGAAGGCAUUAAAUUGGAAAUGUGGAGGCAUUCUACCAGCAUGAAGCAAGUGGUGAACAUCAUCAUUGCUCUGGAGAGGAUGAAGAACAUCAAACCAAAGUCUUCAGAGUUUGGUGAAGAAGAGGUGCUCAACAUCAUCAUGGAGAAUGUGAUCCAAGCACGUCGUGUGACUGCAGUUGAGGCAACACCAUCUUACAUUAAGACCAGCAAGACCUUGCAGUGCUCCAUUUGUGAUCAGUUCAAGAAGACUCUGGUGAAAAGCAGCGGAUCUCCUCGUCUGCUGGCUGUGACGCUGAGAGACGGCACCAGCCAAUUCAAAGUUCGAUUCAAUCUGUCCAUGUAUGCAUCACCGAGUGCCACCCCGAAUGCAUCCCAGCCUGUGUGUCUGAACAUUUCCAAGAGUAAUCUCUACCUUGCUUGUACCAAGUCGGAUGGUUCUUCCCCUCACCUGGUCUUGAAGGAGGUCACUGAAACUCUCAACACCAUUAAAGCUGGUGACCAACAUGACAACCUCCUGUUCUUCAGGAAAGAGACCGGUGUGGCUAAUAACACUUUUGAAUCCGUUAAAUAUCCUGGAUGGUUUAUUAGCACGGCUUAUGAGGAUAUGGAGCAGGUGGAAAUGAUCCAGGUGCCAAGUAGCCGAAUCACAGACUUCACACUGGAGGAGAAACAAGUGAUCCGGAGUUAAGAAUCAAAUUUGAUUUCCUAAAUAUUUCCAGAGAGUAUGUACCAAGUACAGUGUAUAUUCUGGAUUUAUUCAUUAUUCCAAACCUUUUAAAACUUGAUGUGUACAGGCAGCUGUUAGACUCCUGCAUAUCUUGGGCUUCUGGGUGUUUUUUUUGCAAUAUGUGAGGAUAUUAUUGUGGUGAUGGUAAAUUCACAUUGAAUUUUUUUUCAAAAUAUUCAUGUUUUUCUAUAUCCAUAAUUUGUAACAAUAUUUAAUAUUUAUUUUCUAAAUUAUUUUAUUUAUUUUUUAAAUCAAACUUGUUUUGCUCUUGAUUGUGUUAUGAAAUAAACAUAUGAAAUAACCAUUA